AUGUUACAACCCCAAAGAGAUUUCAUCGAAAAACAUAAGGCAAAGAGUUCGAAGAAUACGAGGCAAUUCGACUCAUAUUAUUUGGCUAGAAGGCACCGACUUUUGGCAAUCAUUUCGCAAAAGCAUAGACCCACCAAGAAACCAUUAUCGCCGUUUGCCAAAUUUCGUCAACUCGAUCGGCAAUAUAGUUCUUCUUUGCCGUCAAGUCCCAUAAAGUCGCCAGAAAAGGAGUUUCGUUUUAGAUUUACCGAACCUACUGUGACAAAUAAUGCGGUACAGAUAAAGGAACGAUUGUUAUCUUGGUGCCGUUCCAAAACUAAGGAAUAUGAGAAUAUACAACUUGACAAUUUCUCGACAAGUUGGAACAAUGGUUUGGCAUUUUGCGCUCUGAUUCAUCAUUUUAGACCUGACGCCUUUGAUUAUCAUUCGUUACGUCCACAGGACCGCAGAAAGAACUUUGAUCUGGCAUUCAAAACGGCUGAUGAAGCCGGUAUCGCACCAUUGCUCGAUGUUGAGGAUAUGGUAGUUAUGCGACGUCCAGAUUGGAAGUGCGUCUUCACUUACGUUCAAUCCUUUUAUCGGCGUUUCAAGGACGAGGAUUGA